GCCGUGACAAGUCGCUUCCCCCAUUGCGGGCCAACACCCAAACUAAUUUUCGUCCGCUCCUCCUCAACCCGGUACAACUGACUGUCGUGCUCAUGGCUGACUUGUACUCCAACGGUUACCCUAACGGAACUAGUACUACGCAUUCCCUCGCUCAGUCUAACGCGACCAUGCCUGUCAUUCGCAAAAAGCUGGCAGGCUACGUUGGUUUCGCAAACCUCCCCAAUCAGGUUCAUAGGAAGAGUGUGCGCAAGGGUUUCCAGUUUACCGCCAUGGUAGUUGGCGAGUCGGGCUUGGGCAAGUCCACUCUCAUCAACACCCUUUUCAAUACGCCUCUAUACCCACCCAAGGACUCUCUGCCUCCUUCCGCAGAGCGUCCAAAGACGGUGGCCAUUGAAAGCAUUGGGGCAGACAUCGAGGAGAAUGGCGUUCGUCUGCAUUUAACGGUUGUUGACACUCCUGGCUUCGGUGAUUUUGUUAACAACGACGAGAGUUGGCGGCCCAUAGUGGAGAAUAUCGAGUCGCGCUUUGACUCGUACCUCGAGCAAGAGAACCGUGUCAACAGGCAGAAGAUUGUGGACAACCGUGUCCAUGCCUGUCUGUACUUCAUCCAACCCACAGGACACUCUCUUAAGCAGAUUGACAUCGAAUUCAUGCGUCGCCUGCACACGCGUGUUAACCUCAUUCCCAUCAUUGCCAAAGCUGACACGUUGACUGAUGAGGAAGUGCGCGACUUCAAGGCCAGGAUACUUGCUGAUAUUGCCUAUCACAAAAUCCACAUUUUCCAGGCUCCUACAUACGAAAACGAAGACGAGGAAACUCUUGCUGAAGCCGCGGAGAUUGCAAGCAAGAUUCCAUUCGCUGUUGUCGGCUCAGAUAGUCUGGUCGAAACUGCUGACGGUCGCGAAGUCCGUGGUCGUGCCUAUCCAUGGGGUGUCGUCGAAGUCGAUAACGAAGACCACUGUGACUUUGUCAAGCUUCGCCAGAUGCUCGUGCGUACAUAUAUGGAAGAGUUGAGGGAGUACACCAACGACGUUCUCUACGAAAACUGGAGAACCGAAAAGCUUCUCAGCAUGGGUGUUGCACAAGACUCGAGCGUCUUCCGCGAGAUCAACCCUUCUGCGAAGAUUCAGGAAGAGCGCAUCAUGCACGAGGCCAAGUUGGCCAAGAUGGAAGCCGAAAUGAAGAUGGUGUUCCAGCAAAAGGUGCAGGAAAAGGAAUCCAAAUUGAAGCAAUCAGAGGAGGAGCUGUACUCUCGACACAAAGAGAUGAAAGACGCACUGGAAAAGCAGCGUGGCGAUUUGGAGGAGAAGAAGCGGAGGAUCGAGAGUGGUCGACCGCUUACUCCCGAAAAGAAUGCUACCAAGAACCGUCGCUUCCUUCGUUAGGGUCUCACCUGUGUCAUAUAGGCCGCGUGGUGAUGGACACAGCUCUCCUCAUCUUUGCUCCAGCAGCGCCCGUUGGUUCU